AGUAGCUCUAGUAGUAAUUUCUGGAAUGGAAUAAAACAUAUUGCCGUACAAAAGAGGGGGAGGGGGAGGUAGAAAGGUGGACUGUGCCAUUCCUGAGGUGACAUGACAGCAGAGGAGGAGUCUCUUGAACUCUAUAAAAGGUCAGCACAGUAGCACGAGACAGACAGGCUGUGCUCCAACUCCAGGCUACAGGUGUUGCCUCCCGGGAUCCCAGAUGGAUUUCAGUCGUCGAAGUUUCCACAGGAGUAUGAGCUCCUCCUCACAAGGCCCAGCACUCAGCAUGAGUGGUUCCCUGUAUAGGAAGGGGACUGUGCAGCGCCUGGGGGCUGCACCCAGCGUCUAUGGAGGCGCUGGAGGCCACGGCACUCGCAUCUCUGUCUCCAAAACCGUAGUGAGCUACGGGGGCGAUCUCGCCAACGGAGGGAACCUGUUUGGGGGCAAUGAGAAACUGGCAAUGCAGAACCUCAACGACAGAUUGGCAAACUACCUAGAAAAAGUGCGCUCCCUGGAGCAAUCCAAUUCCAGACUUGAAGCCCAGAUCAAGCAGUGGUACGAAGCUAAUGCUCCAAGCACCAUCCGGGACUAUAGCUCCUACUACGCACAGAUCAAAGACCUGCAAAACCAGAUUAAGGAUGCUCAAAUACAAAAUUCCCGAUGCGUUCUGCAAAUUGAUAAUGCUAAGCUGGCUGCGGAGGACUUCAGAUUGAAGUUUGAGACUGAGAGGGGGAUGCGAGUAACUGUGGAAGCUGAUCUCCAAGGCCUGAGCAAGGUUUAUGACAGUCUGACCCUUCAAAAGACAGACUUGGAAAUUCAGAUUGAAGAACUGAACAAGGACCUGGCCCUCCUCAAAAAGGAACAUCAAGAGGAAGUUGAGGCCCUUCGCCGACAGCUAGGCAACAAUGUCAACGUGGAGGUGGAUGCUGCACCAGGCCUGAACCUGGGGGAGAUCAUGAAUGAGAUGAGACAGAAAUACGAAGUCCUGGCCCAGAAGAACCUGCAAGAGGCCAAAGAACAGUUCGAGAGACAGAGUGAAGCUCUGAAGCAAGAGGUCACAGUGAACACAGAGGAGCUGAAAGGAAUGGAAGUUCAAGUCACGGAGCUGAGGCGCACCUACCAGAGCCUGGAGAUAGAGCUCCAGUCCCACCUCAGCAUGAAAGAGUCUCUGGAGCGAACCCUGGAAGACAUCAAGGCUCGUUAUGCCAGCCAGCUGGCUGUCAUCCAGGAAAUGCUGAGCUCCCUGGAGGCCCAGCUGAUGCAGAUCAGGAGUGACACUGAACGCCAGAACCAAGAACACAACGUCCUUCUUGACAUAAAGACCCGGCUUGAGCAGGAGAUCGCCACCUACCGCCGCCUUCUGGAAGGAGAAGAUGUAAAAACUACAGAGUACCAGUUGAGCACUUUGGAAACAAGGGAUAUCAAGAAAACCAGGAAGAUUAAGACGGUCGUGGAGGAAGUGGUAGAUGGCAAGGUUGUGUCUUCUGAAAUCAAGGAGAUCGAAGAAAACGUAUAACCAGCUGCCAGUGAGGUGGCUGGUCCAGCUGCGGCCAUCCAGAAACAACAUCAAUACUGUGUAGUGACUAUAAAGUGUGUGAGGGGCAGUCUAUUUUUCAUGCUCUGUAAUUAAAUAUAAAUGUUUUCACUCCGGGGAGCUGUAAAGGACUUGCAAGAUUAAACCCAGUGAGUACUAGAAUAUUUAAGUCAUCAUCACUGUCGUUUUCAUGUGAAGACACAUCCAUCACAGGCCAGUUCAGUUAUCUUAAAGCUCUAGGGUGGAAGAGUUCAAGCAAAUUUCAAAUAAACCUCUCUCUUUGGGGGUUUUGUUUUUCUUGUUUCUGAAUUGCUAAAAGCCUCCCCCUUUAGGGAGCAUGGAUUCUCCACUGAGGCAAUUUCCCAGUUAAUCUCAUUGGUUUAUUGUUGCCUUUAAACUGCCUUUGCAUUUCCCUACCCCACCCCAGCCGGUUGUCUCUGCUGCCUCUCUAGCUCUACUUAGUCUUUGAAUAAUUUAAAACAAAUUCCAAUCACAGAUGCCGAAGAGAAUAAGAACAGGACACAAGGUGAUUGAUGUGGGACCCAGUUAAGAGCAAACUAGCCCAGAGGUGGAAUGUGUCUUCUCACAAUAAACUGCUUAACU